AUGGCCGAUCGAUGCCCCGUUUGCAAUGACUGGAUGAACACCACUAGUGGUGGUGUACACAACUGCCCUGGAGAUGGUUCUCGCACUCGUGUCGAGCUCCAGGACAUUGGCCUUCCCAUCUGUGAAGAGGAAGUCCCUCAGCUUUUUUCUUCUCAACUCGAAGAGGAUAGCGUCGUGUGA